AUGUCAGGUCAGAGUCCAAACAACCCUUCCCCGGUUGCCAAAUCCACUGCUUCCGACCAAGAUGACCGCGAUUCGUCGAGCGGCAUCGAUGCCAAACAGCCUGUCAAGGAGGCCGCAACCGUCACCAACCUAGCAACAGCAGAGACACAGCGGUCUGACGCAGUGCUGGGAGAUUACGUUCUACGCCUCUUAGGCAUUCGCAAAGGCCCAAAGAAGGAUAUAUACGACCUCGAUGCGGUGGCCACCCAACCAAGUAUAUGGGACUCCGAUAACAUCGAAGAGCUCAAGAGCCUCUAUAUCCACCCAAAGUGGGAGAACUGGACCGCAUUUGACCCCAGUUUCCGCUGGAGCUGGCGCGAAGAGAACGCCAUCCGGAGAAAGGUCGACUGGAAGAUUAUGGUUUGGGUCUGUAUCAUGUUUGCAGCCUUGAACAUCGACCGAAACAAUAUCAGCAAUGCAGUGUCAGACAACAUGCUGGACGAUCUCAAUCUCACGCGUGGUGAUUACAACACUGGUCAGACUAUCGCACGUGUCGGCUUCCUUGUUGCUGAACUGCCAUCGCAGCUUAUCUCGAAACGUAUCGGUCCAGAUCUAUGGAUCCCCAUACAAAUCUGUUUGUUUAGUCUGAUCUCCGCCAUGCAGUUCUUUCUGAAAGGCCGGGCGUCUUUCCUCGCUACUAGAUACCUGAUUGCUACAUUUCAGGGUGGCUUCAUACCUGAUACCAUUCUCUAUCUCAGCUACUUCUACACAGGCAAGAGCUUGCCUAUCCGGCUGGCAUGGUUCUGGAUGUCAUCGCAGCUGGUUGAUAUUGGUGUCGGCUUUGCAGCUGUGGGUUUGGUCUCCAUGCGUGGCAUUCUAGGCUAUGAAGGAUGGAGGUGGUUGUUCUUGAUCGAGGGAAUGUUCACAUUUACCAUCGGACUGAUGUCAUUCUUCCUUAUGCCGCAGUGCCCUACAAGGACGAAGAGCUGGUGGAACCCUAAAGGAUAUUUUAACGAGAAGGAACAAAAGAUUAUCGUAAACUCCGUCAUUCGAGACGAUCCUCAAAAGGGCGGUAUGUACAACCGACAGGGCCUUUCCGUCGCCCAGAUUUGGAAAUGCUCGAAAGAUUACGACAUGUGGCCAUUGUUUGCUUUGGGUCUCCUGUUUGGCAUUCCCAAGUAUCCAGUGUCGCAGUAUCUGACACUGUCAUUUCGAGAUCUUGGAUUCGACGUCAUCCAGUCCAACCUACUAUCAAUCCCGUACAUUGUCGGCUCCAGCAUCACGAUGCUCUUGAUCACUGCGUUUAGUGAGAUAGUCAACAACAGGAGCUUCGUUUCGAUGGCGGAAGACGCUUGGUUGCUUCCUUGUUUCGCUGCCCUGAUUGCGCUGAAGGAUCCAAUAAGUGGCUGGGCAUACUUUGCCAUCGCCACAGUGUUGCUCUCUUUCCCUUACACCCACCCUAUUCAAGUAGCCUGGACGUCGAGGAACGCCGGCUCCGUCCAAAAUCGAACGGUAUCUGCCUCGCUUUACAAUAUGGCCGUUCAAGUCAGUGGCAUGAUCGGCGCCAACAUCUACCAACCUUCCGAUGCACCGCGAUACUUCAAAGCGAACAAAGGCCUCUUAGUCAUCUGUAUCUGGAUGUGUCUUUUCCAAUACCCCGGGACCUACUUCUAUUACCGAUGGCGAAACAGCCAGAAGGCGAAUAUCUGGGAUACGUUUACUGAGGAAGAAAGAGAAAACUACAGGACGACCACAACAGACGAGGGCAACAAGCGUCUCGACUUCCGCUUUGCAACCUAA